CGCGCCGGGGCCGGUGCCGCUGAGGGGGCCGGUACCGAGCGGGCAUGGCCCAGCUGGGCGCCAUCGCGGCGCUGUCCCUCAGCUUCCUCGCCGCCGCCUUCCUCUCGGCCAUCCAUAAGAUCGAAGAGGGGCACAUCGGGGUCUAUUACCGCGGCGGAGCGCUGCUGACCUCCACCAGCGGGCCCGGGUUCCACCUCAUGCUGCCCUUCAUCACGUCCUACAAGUCAGUGCAGACCACGCUGCAGACGGAUGAGGUGAAGAACGUUCCUUGUGGCACCAGUGGAGGGGUGAUGAUUUACUUCGACAGGAUCGAGGUGGUGAACUUCCUCAUCCAGAGCGCAGUGUACGACAUAGUGAAGAACUACACUGCUGACUAUGACAAAGCUCUCAUCUUCAAUAAGAUUCACCAUGAGCUGAACCAGUUCUGCAGUGUCCACACGCUGCAGGAGGUCUACAUUGAGCUGUUUGAUCAGAUUGAUGAAAACCUUAAACUGGCCUUGCAGCAAGACCUAACUACAAUGGCCCCUGGAUUAAUUAUACAGGCAGUUCGAGUUACAAAGCCAAACAUCCCUGAAACAAUCCGGAGGAAUUACGAGCUCAUGGAGAGUGAGAAGACAAAGCUGCUGAUUGCAGCCCAGAAGCAGAAGGUGGUGGAGAAGGAAGCAGAGACAGAAAGGAAGAAAGCCCUCAUUGAGGCAGAAAAGAUUGCACAAGUUGCUGAAAUAACUUAUGGACAGAAAGUGAUGGAAAAGGAAACAGAGAAGCGGAUUUCAGAGAUUGAAGAUGCUGCUUUUCUUGCAAGAGAGAAGGCGAGAGCUGAUGCUGAAUGCUACACUGCUAUGAAAGUAGCUGAGGCUAACAAGCUGAAGUUAACUCCUGAGUACUUGCAGCUGAUGAAAUACAAGGCGAUUGCAGCAAACAGCAAGAUAUAUUUUGGCAAGGAUAUUCCCAACAUGUUCAUGGACUAUGCAGGAAGCCAGACCAAAUUUGCAGAGGGACUGGCAGAAGGAAUCCAAGAAGAAGAUGGGGUAGGAACCAAUGAGGACUCAAAGCUGCUUCAUAACGUCAACUGAAAGAUUUCUAUUCCUUUUAUAUCAAAAGAAACAUGAACUGGGAAUUUCUUUUUCUUUUCCCCCUUUUCUGUUCUGAAAGAGACGAAUCAGACUUAAUCCAUUCAAUCUUUUGUAUGACAAUUAGACUUUGGUAUUUACGGGGUGGUUUUCCUAGUAACUUCUAAGCAGCCAACUCCAGGUAUGUCCUUUAGAUGCACCUCUCCCUGCUCUUGGACAUACAGACCAAAUUCCUCUGGAGAGGCCAGCUUAGAUGGGUACUUCCUUUUGGAUUGAGGUGGCUCAUAGCAGUAGGAAGUCAAGAAAUGAUGAGGUUUCGGAGGGAGGGGAAUUGCUGCUACAACUUGUUCUGGUUGGAAAUUUCAAGUUCUUUAUGUGAAACCCCUUUAACAAAAAGGUGCUAGACUUUUGUACACUAGACACAGCAGCUUGAAGACCUUGUCUAAAGGGCAGGUUACCCCCAUUGCAUGGGGUGCUGGGAUGAUCUAACAGCCUGUAUCCAUGCUCCAGAGCGCAGGGUGUAGCAAAUGGAUAAACCCACCUUUUAAUGAGGUCUGAGCUGACCUGGUUU